ACCCGAAUAACCCAACAAUCUAAAUAACUAUUCUGCCAGAUCCAUGAAAUUGAUGACAAAUUUUCCAUUGCGUUAGGAAUCGAGACUAAGAAUGGAGACUGGAGGGUUUAGUGCUGAAGAUCUAUCAACAAUCGGAGGAAUAGCAACUGUGUCGCUGUUGCAUUCCUUCAUCCCAACUCACUGGCUUCCUUUCUCCAUUGUUGGCCGUGCUCAAAAAUGGACCCUCUCUCGUACCCUUCUCGUCACUGCAUUUGGAGCUGUUUUGCACGUGUUAUCCACAUCGCUCCUGGGCAUUACUGCAAUUACCAUAUCAAACACAAUUGCUGGUGAAGAAACUGUGCACAAACUUGCAUCACUGCUGCUUGUUCUACUUGGUGGUAGCUAUAUAUUAUUGUUCAUGUGUGGAAAGGGUGGUCACACCCAUUCCCACAACCAACCCAUGGAAAAGAUGGCUGUUGCCGGACUUGUUCUUGUUCCUGCAUUGUCUCCUUGUGCAACCACACUCCCCGUGUUUCUUGCCGUAGGAAAUUCCUCCUCAAUGAUGGUACUUGCUAUUAUAGUGCUGCUAUUCAGCACGAUAACUGUGAUGACCUCGUUGGUGGCUUUAUCAUUUUACGGUGCAAGCCAGCUCAAGUUUCACUGGAUGGAACGUUAUGACAAGCUUCUUGUUGGCUCCGUGCUCUGCUUAGUCGGAAUCUUGACACUUAUCUUCCACGAUCACGAGGGCCACACACAUACACAUACAGGUUCAACUGAAGAGCAUUUGCACCGGAAGCUGUUUUUGCUAUGAGAUUCUUGUUUCGAUGUUGUGUAUACUUUGUCGAGAUUUAGUACUAUGGAUCGUCAUCCCAAACAAAAACAAAUCUUCUUUUAUUAUUAUUAUCAUCAUCAUCUUGGCAGAAACCAAGUGUAGUUUGCCACACAGGUUGUCUCUAGUCCCCUUAGUUAUCUGGGAUUUCUUUUAGUUGCUAUAUAACUCUGAUGUAUCCUUGUAAAGCUCUUCGAAAUCUAAUUCUACUGCAGUGUUCUUGCUCAA